CUAUGCAUUGCCUGCCAAAGAAGAACUGAGCCCAAUGUUUCCACACAAUUCUAGUUCACAUGAGAUUUCUACAGAAACAAAUGCCUUCGUACAAAAUUCCAUGGGGGAUGCAGUAGUAUUAGGGAAAAACAGUCCGAUAGGGGUUGGGGAGGGAAGAGAAUCAGAGAAUGAUAGGUACUGUGAUAUCGAGUUCAUAAACAACAACAUGAUGGCCAAACCUAUUAGCCAUCUCGAAAAUACCGCCGCCAAUGACUUUUUAACCGUCCUGUCGAGCCAAACUGGCAAGUUUGUCUUGACCAGUCGAAGCUCGAUCUGCCACUCCGCCAAUAAUUCUAAGUCUAUGUCUAAGACAUUAAGUGAUAAUAAGACUAGCUUUAGCGUACUAAACAUUAGGGUACUAAGUAUAAGCGUAAAUCUACGAUUAACCGGAGAUAAGUGUGCAAUCGAUGAAGGGGUACCUAGCCUAGUUAGGAUACCCAAGUCUGAUCGCCCCUCAUCAGGCCACUUUUCUCUCGACUCUCUUGACAAUUACUCCUUACUAGGAUCCUGCCUUCAUCUGGGCAAAUACAAUAACAUUAAGUCUAAUUCUAGCCUCCUAAGUAAUAAUAACGAUAACUACAAGUCUGUGAUAUUGCUCAGCUCAACCAGUAACCAUUAUUUCCUCCGCGUUGAAAUGGACGGUGGUGCGAUUGCAAUGAGACUAAGAACCUCAAAAAUAUUAAUUUUGAACUUAAAGGAAAAGACGGUGGAGAUGUUGUCCUGGGUAAUUAAUGGUAUUAGUGACGUGGCAACAAUUACUGUUGGUGCUCUUUCAUUUCAGGAUAAUGUUAAGUCUAAUGAGCCCUCGGGCACUUAUUUCGCGAGCUAUAGGUACUCAGGGUCGUAUACGCGUCUUGGCCCUGAGUUUGUUAAGUCUCUUUCUAAGUCUACUAUAGGGGAUAGAUUUAGGGUUAAGGGGGAGAACCAAGACGAGUUCGCUCUCUACAUUCCUACUAUGACUACCUGCAAGCCUACGAUGACGCUUACACGCCAAUCUGCAUCCCGAAUAAUCGGUGUACCUGGAUCUCGGCCGAACUACUUCGAGAUAUUAUGGCCCGACCAAAUGCACACUCCUCACAAAUUUUAUGACAGUUUGCCGAACUGUUUAAUGGAAUAUCACAAUGAUUCUCUUCCAGAAGGAGAAGACAAAGAGAAUUCUUUGAAAUGUUUCGGUUGUUUUAACGAACAAAUUCGUAUCGUAGGCCGAAACAUUAGUGAUGAAAAUCUUAACUAUAACGAACUGGAAAGGAUCAAAUCUCAAACUACUGUCUAUUUCAACGAAGAUCAUUAUACUCAAGCAAGAGUACUUCGUAUAUGCGGUUUUGAGAGGAACUAUUAUUGCCAAAAUUUGCACGAGUCAAUAGAAGGAGAUGUUUCUAUUAAUUCAUCGUGCUCUAAUUUACUUAAACGAAUGAAGCUAAAGCGUCAAGCUUUUACUGCUAUAAAGAAUGAAAAUAUUUCUCCAGAAAAUUUCUGUGAUUUAUAUCGAUUUAAAGAGGCGUCAUACAAAGUACACCAACCUAUCGGAUUUAAUGUUGAGAACGUUUUCACAGAAAGUCUGAUAAGUUCUAAGCAAUUCACUUUAACCAGUUCGACGUUUCAAACUGCCCAGUUCAUUGUCAGUGAGGGUAUUAAUGUAAUGAAGACGGAUGCCGUUCUUGUAGACUUAUAUAAUUGCAAUCAAUCUAAAAAGAGUGAAAAUGAUAAACAAAGUUUCGUUGGAAGUUCCAUCGCUUCAGCUCCAUCGAAAAAAACUUUCUCUCAAAAUGAUCCAAUUUCUAUUCUCACGGAGAAAAGAGAAAUUAAUAACACCAAUGAUUCAAGUCGAACUCAUCUCAUUGACUGCGCAAGGAAUCUCAUAGCAGCGUCCAUUGGAGUUUCCAAAGAGACUUUACAAGUUCAAAGGAAUUACCUUAAACGCGUGUUGACGCUUCUCUUCGGACCUCUUUGUGAUCUAGACGAGUUCAAUUUGGCAUAUAAGAAAAGGUGGGGAAUUCCUGGCAUUCUUAGAUUGGCUGGCGGAGGUGAAAAUUCAUUGAACAGCGGUGGAUCUACAAAUUGGGGCUCUACACAGACUAGUACUACAAAUAAUAACAACAGCAAUCAAUCCGGAUGGGGUGGGUCUUCAGGGAAUCCUUCAGGAAACAGUGGAGCACCUGGAAAUUGGACUGGAAACAGUGUAAACAGAUCCGUCGCUGGUAAUCCAAAUUCAAAUCAGAAUCAAGGACCUCCUGGUGGACAAAAUGUUCCGGGUAACGUGAAUAAGAUGAACAAUCCAAAUCAGCAAUCGAAUCAACAAUCAGGUCCACCAACUUCCCAAUCAAGCAGUACAAAUCAAGGUGGCCAAAACAACAAUCAGUGGACACAGGGAAAGUCUAAUAGUUCUGGCGGGCUCAACCAGAGCUCUUCUGUUCAAAACAAUAAUAAUUCAGCCCAACAACAGCAACAACAGCAACAGCAACAGUCUAAUUCCAGUAGCAAUAAUAAUCAGGCUCAGGGAUCCGUUAAUAGUAGUAAUACACCUGCAAGCAAUAAUCCUUCAACUAAACAACAAUUAGAGCAGUUGAAUACAGUGAGAGAAGCACUUUUUAGUCAAGAUGGUUGGGGUUGCCAGAAUGUGAAUCAGGACACAAACUGGGAUGUCCCAAAUUCUCCAGAGCCGCCUAGUAUGUCCAAAGAUGGAGUUCCAAUGUGGAAAACACCGGUAAACAAUGGUACAGAUUUAUGGGAAGCCAAUCUUAGAAAUGGUGGUCAACCACCACCUCAGCAACAAGCAAAAACGCCUUGGGGUCACACACCAGCAACAAACAUUGGUGGAACUUGGGGUGAAGAUGAUGAAGCUGCUGAUUCAUCCAAUAUGUGGACAGGAGCUCCUACAUCUUCUCAGCCAAACUCCGCAACUGGACAAUGGACAACUGGUACCGGUAAUCAAACCGGUAUGUGGGGAGGGUCUAACUGGAGUGAUCCGAGAAUCGACCAUCGAGAUCCGCGCGAUCUUCGUUCUGUUGAUCCCAGAGAGAUGCGAGAUCCCCGUGAUCAUAGAAUGUCCUUGGAUCCACGAGAACAUAUGCGUGUAAUGGAUCCAAUGGCUCGAGAUCCUAGAAUGACAGAUAUGCGUGGAGAUCGCGGAAUUUCUGGAAGAUUAAAUGGUGCCAAUGCUGAUGCAAUGUGGGGACAACCACCAGGACCUCCACAUCAUCAAAUGGGACAUCAACAUCCUUCUGGACCUCCAACUAAAAUACUGAAUCCUUCCAAUAUAAAUCAGUGGGCCGCGCCACCGCCAAAAGAUAUUAUGCCAGGGAAACCAUCCGGUUGGGAAGAACCUUCUCCACCGACACAAAGAAGAAGUGUUCCAAAUUAUGAUGACGGUACAAGUUUAUGGGGUAAUCCUGCAAGCAAUCAGAGAACCAUACCUAGCAGUAAAGUUUCUCAUUGGAAAGAUCUUCCAACACAAAAUAUAGGAAGGGGAGGAAUGCAAUGUCCGCCGGGCAUGCCACAGAACAGAAUGCCAGGUCAACCUGGAAUGAAACCAGAUGUAAGUGGACCAAUGUGGGGACACCCUGGUGCUCCUGGAGGACGAAAUGGCAGUUGGGUGGAAGGACUACAUGAUACAGGUCCAUGGGAUGAUCCAAAACUACAGAGUGCUUGGAAUGAAGCUCAUUUACAUCCUGGUACUUGGUCUGGAACUGCUACGCACAAACUUAAACUGAUGGGACCUGUUGGAAGCUGGGGUGAUACUGAUAUGGAUCCUACUCCUAGUUGGGGUCAUCCCACAAAACCCACUCUUACAAAGGAAGUUAUCUGGAAUAGCAGAGAAUUCCGAUACCUUUGUGACUUGGGAUUUAAAAAGGAGGAUGUUGAGUUGGCAUUGAGGAAUCGUGAAAUGAAUAGGGAGGAAGCUUUGGAACUUUUAAACCAGGUGCGGCCUUUGGACCAAUGGAGAAGACAUGACGCACACUCCACUUAUGAUCCGACAAAUCAAACUACAACUGCGCCAACAUAUCCUAGAUUUAAUCAUGUCGCACAGCAAAUGUCUUUUCCUCCAGGUGCUGGAGUGCCAAGUGGAAAUGCAACUGGCAGUGUGGGAGGAUCAGUUACUAGUACAAGCUUGCUAAAGUUACAACAACAGCAACAACAAGCUGCUGUUCCAUUGCAACAACAACAACCUAGUAGCAAUGCACCUCAGCCACCUUUUAAUCAGGCUUCCAGAGCUCCUCAGAAUCAGCCUAGUACUCAACAGCUACGUAUGUUAGUACAACAAAUUCAGUUAGCCGUCCAGGAAGGUUACUUAAACCAUCAAAUUUUAAAUCAACCACUUGCACCUCAGACUCUAAUACUUUUGAACCAACUAUUACAACAAAUCAAAGUUCUGCAGCAACUUCAUCAGCAGCAUUCAGUGCAAAGUACAAUGAAGGGUAAUGGCCAAUCUGUUCUUCAGAUCAGUGUACAAAUUACAAAAACAAAGCAGCAAAUAGCAAACCUUCAAAAUCAAAUUGCUGUACAACAAGCUACUUACAUGAAACAACAACAACAGCAACAACAACAGCAACAGCAGCAGCAGCAACAUCCUGUUCCACCAUCUCAAAACUCAGAAUAUUAUAAGAGCUCUGUACAUGAUCCCAUGUCAGCUUUGCAAAACAGCUUCACAGAUUUGACAAUGAAUAAAGAGCCUCCUGUUAAUCAGCAACAAUCAAGAUUGAACCAGUGGAAGUUACCUUCUUUGGACAAGGACGGAGAGUUAGUUUCGAAUGAGUUCUCCAGAGCACCAGGAACAACCAGUAAGCCAGCAGCUACACCGGCUGGUUUAACACGAUCACACAGUAGUCCUAACAUGAAUCCUUUGUUGGGUCAAGGAGAUGGUACAUGGUCCACCAGGCUUGGAGAGAGUGGAUGGCCAGAUCAUCCAGGUAACACGGAUUCGACUGAUGGAAAGGAUUGGCAGCCAACUGGUGCAGCUGCUGGUGCUGCUGCUUUCACUGAUCUUGUACCUGAAUUUGAGCCUGGCAAGCCAUGGAAGGGUACCCAGAUGAAGAGCAUUGAGGACGAUCCAAGUAUUACUCCAGGCUCUAUCGUUCGUUCGCCGCUUUCUUUAGCAACGAUCAAAGAUCCAGAUGCCAUUUUCUCUUCAAGUAGUAAAACUUCACCACCACCACAACAACCUACCAAUCCUGAUACGUCAAUACCAAGUUUGAGUAACUCGACAUGGACAUUCAAUCCACCUGCUACUACUCCAAGUGCAUUCACUAGCUCGAAUAACACUUGGGGUGAGUCAGCACCACCGCCGACUGCGGUUACUUCGGAGCUCUGGGGAGCGCCAAUGAGUAAAGUUCGUGGUCCUCCACCAGGCUUAAGCAGUAAAGCCACAGGAAAUACGAGCAAUGGCUGGGCAGGUUUUGGCACUGUCGGCAGAUCAUCCAGUUCGUGGGGUUUUCAAACGAGCACAAAUGCUACCUGGGUUUCUACCUGGUUACUACUUAAGAAUCUGACGCCUCAGAUCGAUGGCUCUACUUUGAAAACUCUCUGCAUGCAGCACGGUCCUGUUCAAGACUUCCGAUUAUAUCUUAAUCAUGGAAUUGCUUUAACCAAAUAUUCGUCAAGAGAUGAGGCUAUUAAGGCACAAGGUGCUCUGAACAAUUGCGUCCUGGGCAACACGACAAUUUUCGCAGAAUCCCCAAACGUUGCCGAGGUACACAGUUUAUUGCAACAACUUAGUCACGGGGGUCAACAGCAAGCUGGAGCGACAACGGGAGCAGGCUGGGGAUUGCGACCAUCGAACAAAACUGGCCCGUCACCGGACACUUGGGGCGGCAGUUCUAGCCAAUUAUGGGGUGCUCCGCCGAGCAGUAAUUCCCUUUGGAGCAACACUGGUAUCGACAGCAACGAUCAGCAACGUGCUACGCCAAGUUCUCUGAACUCGUACUUACCCGGAGACCUUCUGGGAGGUGAGUCGAUGUAGAGUGCCGCAUGGAGGAGCGGUAUCACUCGUGCGACGACCAAGCCUUCUACUUCACGAUACGUCAAUUAUAUUCCGCAUUGUCAGAUGGGCCGGUACUCGCGAUGAAGUUACUUAAAUCAGUGCCGCGUAAUUUCGGCAGCAACAGGGAUCUGAUUUGAUUUUUUUAACUGAAGAUUUUUCAAUUCGGGAUUCGGGUAUGAUGGGGACAGGGGAGGGGGUAUAUCAUGAAUUUCAAGGCUUUUGGUGUGCGCCGUGCUUUCUCAGUGGUUUGGAGUAGUGCCGAGUACGUUUAAUAAUACACGCGAACGCCUCUAUUAUUACGCGUACUAUACGAUCAAUACGUACUACGCCCACGUUUCAAAUGAAAAUUAGUAUUGUCGUUAUAAUAUUGCUUGUGUUGCAACUUUUGGUAUUUUGGUAUUUUAGGAUAAUAUUAAUUUCACUCGACAAAUAUUGCGCGUAUGUGUGUACACAGUGCGCACUAUAUUACGAUAGGCACGUUUUAUGACGUUUCAGUUACUGAAUUAGUAUUCUUCCUAUGCAGACCGCGUUUUCAUUAAUAUACCUUUCAAUCGAAUAUUCUGUUUAUCCAACACAUAUGUAUUAUUACUAUGUUCCAGUGUUUAAGUUGACCUUUGCUAUCACACAUUCUUCGAUGUUUUAAUAUUUCUAAUUAGAAUAUUGCGCAACUGUUUUCUCCUUUUAAUGACGCAGUAAACAGAGUAUACGUACUACAUA